CUAAUUGUGAUAAAUAUUUCUUCGUUUUCGUUCGUAGUUCGUUCUAAAACGGAGAUUCUCUCGCGUCCUUACAUAUUAAAUUUUUAAUUUUUAUUGAAUAACCAAAAAACCAAAAUGUCAUUUGCGGAAAAGAUAACGGGACUGCUGGCACGUCCCAAUCAGCAACAAGAUCCAGCUGGCGGCCCAGAAGCACCGUGGUAUCUCAAAUAUGGCAGUCGAUUGCUCGGCAUUGUCGGAGCAUUUUUUGCCAUAUUAUUUGGCCUAUGGAAUGUACUCUCGAUUAUUACCCUCAGUGUUAGUUGUUUGGUGGCUGGAAUUAUACAAAUGAUAGCCGGAUUUGUGGUAAUGGCGUUGGAAGCGCCAUGUUGUUUCGUUUGCAUCGAUCAGGUGAACGUUAUGGCAGAUAAAUUAGAUGCCAAACCAAUGUACUUUCGAGCGGGUCUCUAUUGCGCGUUGGCUGUGCCGCCGAUUUUCAUGUGCUUUGGCUUGGCCAGUUUGUUUGGCAGUGGCCUUAUCUUUGCCACCGGCGUUGUCUAUGGCAUGAUGGCGUUAGGCAAAAAAGCCUCGGCAGCGGAUAUGCGUGCGGCAGCGCAACAAACUGACUACGGCGGCAAUGCGGCAACAUCUCAGGCAGCAACAACCAGCGAUCGGGCUGGUAUAGUGAAUAAUGCGCAGCCCUUCUCAUUCACUGGGGCCGUUGGUACCGACAGCAAUGUGUAAAAACUACCGGACCAAUCGACGGUUUUUUGGUGGUCACUGAGAAAACAAGACUCAACAAAAAUAAGACACGAUGAUGAAGAACGAACGUGGAAGAGGAACAGCAACAGCAACAACAAAAGCAAAAGCAAUUACAACUAAUUAAAAUUGGCAUAUUACAACAACAGCAGCGGGAGCAAAACAUCAUAAUCAUGUGCAAUUUUCUUUUAAGCAAGCUCCCUGAUCUGAUCUCUGCAUAUAUUAAUAUAUAUAUAUAUAGAGAGAGAGAGACAGAGACAGCAAUGUGUUGAAUUAUUAACAAAAUCAGGCCUAAUAUGAAAAAACAAAAAACAAAAACAAUAAUAUAUUAAUACCAUAUUCAAUUGUAAAUUUAGUUACAAACAAUAACAACAACAACAACUACAACCAAAAGAAAGCAAAUGCAAGGAAAAUGAACGUUAACAUAUAUAAAAUUCAAUUUUUGUUAUGUGUUUUUUUUUUUUAAUUCAUUGUGAGCCUCUCAACGAGAGGCCAGUGUCGUCCUGUCCAUUCAUUCCAAAAGAAAACAAAAUAUAAUAAUAAUAAAAACUAAA